UCCCCCUGCCCAAGGUGACCCGGGACCUGCACUUGGGGGUGUCGCCCUGAGCAUUUGGAUACCGCCUCCCGGGAUUAAAGCGAGAUCCGGGGAGGGUAGAGGACUCCCGCGCCGGGCAGAAGAAGACGUGAGCUCGGUCGUCUUGAAGGUUUCAAAUACCUGCCAUUACCUGAUGCUGCUGAUAAAGUCAGGAUGGCUUUAAACUCAGGAUCACCACCAGGUGUUGGACCUUACUACGAAAACCAUGGAUACCAGCCCGAGAGCCUCUAUCCCCCGCGGCCUGCUGUGGCCCCCAGUGCCUACUCGGUGUAUCCGGCCCGGUACUACACGCCCGUGGUACCCCAGUACACCCCGAGGGUUAUGACGCACACUUCGACACCUGCCAUCCACACGCAGCCCAAAUCCCCGUCGGGGACGCUGUGUACCUCAAAGACUAAGAAAGCGCUGUGUAUCACCUUCUCCCUGGGGGCCGUCCUCGUGGGAGCAGUGGUGGCCGCCGUCUUGCUCUGGAAGUUCAUGGAAAACAAGUGCUCGGUGUCCGGGAUCGAGUGUGGCUCCUCGGGGACCUGCGUUAGUGCCUCUCACUGGUGUGACGGGAUCCUGCACUGCCCCAGCGGGGAGGACGAGAACCGGUGCGUUCGCCUCUAUGGACCAAACUUCAUCCUUCAGGUGUACUCGUCCCAGAGGAAGUCUUGGCACCCGGUAUGCCAGGACGACUGGAGCGAGAACUACGGGAGGGCGGCGUGCCAGGACAUGGGCUACAGGAAUAGUUUUUAUUCUAGCCAAGGAAUAGUGGAUGACAGCGGGGCCACCAGCUUUAUGAAACUGAACAUAAGUGCUGGCCACACCGAUCUCUAUAAAAAACUCUACCACAGUGAUGUCUGUUCUUCAAAAACAGUGGUGUCGUUACGCUGUAUAGAAUGCGGGGUCAACACGAAGAUGAGCCGCCAGAGUCGGAUCGUGGGUGGGACGAGUGCGGCCCUGGGGGACUGGCCCUGGCAGGUGAGCCUCCAUGUCCAGGGGGUCCACGUCUGCGGAGGCUCCAUCAUCACCCCCGAGUGGAUCGUGACAGCGGCUCACUGCGUGGAGGAACCCCUGAAUAACCCACGGUACUGGACAGCCUUUGCAGGAAUUCUGAGACAAUCUUUCAUGUUCUACGGAAGUGGGUACCGGGUAGAAAAAGUGAUUUCUCAUCCGAAUUAUGAUUCCAAGAGCAAGAACAACGACAUUGCGCUUAUGAAGUUGCAGACCCCUCUGACUUUUAACGACAAAGUGAAACCCGUGUGUCUGCCCAACCCAGGCUUGAUGCUGGAGCCCACACAGUCCUGCUGGAUUUCCGGGUGGGGGGCCACCUACGAGAAAGGGAAAACCUCGGAGGUGCUCAACGCCGUCAUGGUGCCCCUAAUCGAGCCCUGGCAAUGUAACAGCAAAUAUGUCUACAAUAACCUGAUCACACCUGCCAUGAUCUGCGCAGGGUAUCUGCAGGGGACCAUUGAUUCCUGCCAGGGUGACAGUGGAGGUCCUCUGGUCACUUUGAAGAGCAGCGUCUGGUGGUUGAUCGGGGACACGAGCUGGGGAUCUGGCUGUGCCAAGGCUAACAGACCAGGAGUGUACGGAAACGUGACAGUAUUUACAGACUGGAUUUAUCGACAAAUGAGGGCAAACAGCUAAUCCACACCGCCUUGUGAUUGGUGCCGUUCCACAAGGAAACGAAGGGGCUGAUUUUUAAUUCCCUGUGCAUAAUGUAUCUUUAGAAAUGAUUCAAAGGUCCUCUCAUUUUUAUUAAAUAGUGAACUUGUCUGUCUUUGGCACUCUCCACGGUUCUGUGCAGGCCACAGGGGCUCCUCCCGGGCCUGUGCUCCCUGGCCUCUUGUCCAAAAGGGGUGACCGGCCGGACUGGGUGUGGGCGCCUAGGCCACUGCAGGACGGAGGGAUGCACCCGCCCUUUGGGAUUUUCCUUCUGAGCCUGUCUGGGGCCUGGUUUUGGAUGCACGGGGCUGGUGACCUCUUAGCUGCUGGACAGCUUGAGAUAGAAAGAGAGGAAGCCGGCUGGGACCAGCAAGCGCCACCCUCUGGGGCCACCCCCGGGCUUGUCUCCCUACAAGAAUUUUCACUGGUCAUUUUUUAGUGCCUUCUUAGCAGCCCCGGAUGGUGGCUGGAAAUAAAGGGACCAGCCCUUCAUGGGUGAUGACUUGACAGUCACUUGGAAGGGCAUCAGACACCUUCUUUUUUCUUCUUGCGGGGGUGAGAGUGUAGACGGAGCCAGACGUGCUCACCCCUGAGCGUCGCUGGGGUGGGUGGCCACGGCGUGUCGGUGGGGCUCCGCCCGGGGUCUGCCUUACCCCUAACCUCCUCCUUGGGGAGGAGUACUCCCCUGUGGUCCUCACAGGAGGGCCGAGUGGGGUGCCAUGCUGACCCUCUUCAGGUCCGCUAAUCACAGAAAAUUGAGGUCACCUGGGGAAAUCAGGGAUGUGUGAUUGAAAAUACACUGUUUCCAUGUCAAGUUUCCACACGUUACUACCUCAGUGCUCAUGAAACCUUGGCUGUGACGCCUCUACUUCUCACACUUGGUUCCUGAAACCACUGUCCUUGCCAAGAAUGAGUGGUGGCCAGCUUGAGCUGCUUUUACAAAGUGACUGGCUCCUAAUUUCAUGUUCUGUCAAUGAGUUUGCUGAAGAACAGCACCUGUGCUUGCGACUAAGAAGAGAAAGGUGUAUUUUGGACUCCCUGGGGCCCCUUAUGUUUCCCCUGGGGGAAGGGCCACACUUGAAUUGCCAAGUGGGGAUGUGGAAAUGCUGUGCUCUGAGCACUGCCUCCCCUCACGCAUACUGGUUUCCAAGAGUGAAACGAUGAUUCUACUGCUGGGACCAACUUUGCAAUGGAGGUCGCACAGCCCCGCUCACAGGGUGCUCCCCUGCACGUGCCUCAGUGACAGCAGCGUCCCCAGGGGCCUUCCAGACACACAGCACUGAGGUUCCUGCUCCUCAAGCCAGAUUUUAAAAAGCCUGUCACGGUGAGAAUGUUCCUUCCUUAGCGCUUCUUUUUAUUUAUGUGAUGCCCCUCCCCCCUUUGUCUUGUUUUGUAUCUUUUUUAAAAGUGUAAAAUUCGAUUGUGAA